UGCAAAGUUCUUGCAAAGAUGAAUGAUCUAAUGACAAAGUCUUUCUUAAGUUAUGUGGACCUGAAGAAACAAGCAGAGAAAGACUUGGAAUCGGAGCUUGAUGUCGAGAAAGGCGUUGGGCGACUCAACCCUACUGAUGAAAUGAACCUAUCUAAGUUCUUCCAAGAAGUGGCAUCGAUCAAGAUAACAAUGGAAGAGAUUACCAAUCUCGUGUUUGAUCUUCAAACCCUUAACGAAGACACUAAGUCCACUCACAGCGCUAAAGUUGUUCGAGGGUUAAGAGACAGGAUGGAAUCCGACACGGUUUCCAUUCUCAGAAAAGCAAAGAUCGUCAAGGCAAGGCUUGAAUCACUCGACAAAUCCAAUGCAAACAACAGGAGAUUAUCGGAGGCAUAUAAAGAAGGGACAUAUGUUGAUCGAACCAGGAUAUCUGUAACCAAUGGCUUAAGGGCUAACCUUAAGCAAAUGAUGAAUGAUUUUCAAGCCUUGAGAGAGAAGAUUUUAUCAGACCAUAAAGAAGACCUCAAGAGAAGAUACUAUACUGUUACCGGAGAGUUCCCGACCGAAGACAUGCUCGAAAAGGCGGUUUCCGGCAGCGAAAACGAUCGGUUUUCGUUGAAGGAGACAGUCGAAAUGGAUUUGAAGAACAAGGAAAGGCAUGAAGCAGUGAUGGACAUUCAACGAAGCUUGCAAAGGCUGCAUCAAGUGUUCUUGGACAUGGCUGUUCUGGUGGAGACACAAGGGGAGAAAAUGGAUGAUAUUGAAGAAAACGUGGCCAAUGCAGGUAAUUUCAUCAGUGGUGGAACCAAUAACCUUCAUUAUGCAAAUCAAAUGAAGAAGAAGAAAGCAUGGGUUUAUUGGGUUUGGGGUGUUAUUGUCAUCAUACUUGUGGUUUGCGUCAUUUCGAUGUUAGCCUCUUGAGAAGCACAAGAUUAAGCGAUGGUUCUUUUUUAAUGUUUCAUAAAGUGAGUGAUAUGAAC